AUAUGGAUAAGGUUUACAGCUUUAAAGCUAAAAAUUAAGUUGGUCACAUUAAAUAGGUUAUAAAUCAAGAACAAAAGCUUCAAUUUUACAGUGAAGAAGAAGGAGAAUCUACUAAAUCUAAAGAUAAUACUCCUAAAACUAAUUUAAAACCUAAAGCAAAAGCACCUAUUCAAAAUGGAUAUCAAACUGAUGAUUCAGAUUAAGGUACUCCAAAAAAUUAAAAACCAUAAUCUAAAUAACCUUAAGGUAUUACUUAUUUUUAUUUAGCUCCUAAGAUGUCGAAAUUCAGCAAUCUUGUCAAUACUAAGAAGGUCGAGGGAGACGUUGAAUUAGAACCAGACUUUAGUGACCAAGAUAAAAAGCAAUAACCAGUAUAAGUUUAAUAACAAGAAGGAAAUUACAAUAUUGAAGAACAAGCUAAAAGGAUAUAAUAAAAAUUGAGUUAAUAACCCUAAUAAAACGUGAAACUCAGUAAAACCAAGUAUUUAAAUUUUAUCUAUCUUAGAUAAGCUGUCUCGAUGUAAAAUCUCAAUGUUAAUUCUGAUAAUGAACACACCAAAAAGAAUUCGUACAAUAAUGCCAAAGAUAAAUUGAGUAAUCAUCCUUUUCGGCAUCUUAUUUUUGGUCCAAAUGUCAACGAAUAAACAUUUAAAAAGCAUUUGAUAUUAACUUAAAGAGGUCUAAUCUAUGCUCGAAAAUGUCUUAAAGGACCUUCUGACAAAUUUAUAUAAUCAAAAAAAAUUCAACUUUCAGAGGCCAAUCCAAAAAAAGAUAAAACCUUAGUACUUGAUCUUGAUGAAACCUUAAUUCAUUCGUGCACUUCAAGAGAAAAUCCUUAAGUGUAUGUAACAGCUGUUGGAGAUUAUGGGGAGGAGGCUAAAGUAAAAAUUUUUUUAUAAUAAUUAGAUUGGGUUUAAUAUUCGUCCAUAUACAACACUGUUCUUGUAGUAGUUAUCUUAAUAUUAUACUAUUUACAUAUAUACAGCAUCAUCUUAAGCUUAUGCAUCCGCUAUCAUAAAUUAUUUAGAUCCAACUAAAUAAUACAUCUCGGGAAUUAUGACUAGAAAUAAUUGUAUGGAAACUAAAAAUGGUUUUUUUAUUAAGGACUUACGAUUAAUAGGUAAUAAAGAAUUGAAAGAUAUACUAAUUGUUGACAAUUUAGCUCAUUCUUUUGGAUUUUAAAUUGAAAAUGGUAUUCCUAUUUUGGAAUGGCAUACUGAUUAAAAUGAUUAAGAAUUAAAAUAUUUACUAGAUUACUUAAUUGAAGCAGUCAAAUAUCCUGAUCUUAGGGAAUAUAAUACAAAAAAAUUAAGACUGGAUGAUUUGAUUGAAUUUCAUAUUGAAGAGUGA